AUGAUGAUUGUUCGCCAUCCAGUGACGGGACGAGCCGUACCGGCAAUGGCUGUUAAGUUCAUCCACCACAAAGGAGCUGACAACAAGCCAAGACCGACUGUCUUCUUCUUUACGCCUGCAAGAAGGUUCAUCUUCUGUGCCGUCAGCACCAUCAUCGCUCUAGCGCUCCACGACCAGGCUUUCGACGCAGCAAGCCUGACAGAUGCAACCCAGGUACUAAGAGCAGAGGUCAGGGGUCCAGUCCAGUCUACGGCUUUACGGUGGAAGCAGUCAAUGCUCAAGGUUCCGAUCUUUCGAAAGUUCAGCGGCAGUGCGUUGGCCGUCGACGAGGCCAUGAGCUAUUCCAAAUUACGAGACGACAUGGGCCGACAGAGCCUUGAUGCAGGUUUCGAGAAGGCCUGGACGCCACGGUUCGCCCGAAGAGGGGCGGCAAAUGCAGCAAAUGGGAAUGCGUCUGAUGCCGUGCGCGACCAGAUGAUGCGCCACGAUCCCAAGUUCGCCACGUUUCAAGGCGCAUACCUUAACGAGAACGUCCAGUUCGACCUCCAGAAUACCUUCCUAGAAGAGGAAACCGAGGAGCAGAUGUAUAAGGUGUUUGCGCAUGUCAGCCUCACGCGCGAUCCCCGGGCAACAAGAGACAUGGUCCCCAAGGAGGUCUGGGAGAACUUGCCUCCCGAUCCGGAAAUUCUGGAGCUAGAGCAACGGCGACAGAAGUUGAAGGGUGGUCAAUACCGAGUGCAAGGUGAAGAGAACGAAGCCGAAAUCCGCAGGCUAACCGAGGAGAUACGCACGAAGCGGGAUCAACGCGACAAGAGUGUCGUGAAAGAGUAUCGCGAAUAUCAUUUCUACAACCGCCCAACAUGGGAUAUCGAGAGGCAAGCGAACGGCGAAGAAGACGAGGAGUAUACUGAACCGGACAUCAACCUCCAGAUUCCCGAGCGCACCAGACUGGCCCACAUCCUCUGCCACCAACCAGCCGACUGCUCUCACGACAAACUCAUGGAGCUUUGGAUUGAGGCUAUCGAUCUGAUGGUCACACUUUGUGACAAGAGAGAGACGGUCAGACGAGACCGCAUCCGCACCCAUCCUCAACCCAAGCCAACCAUCGAAGAGACUCCCCAACCCAAGCCCUUCCCACUACUCCUUGAUCCGAAUCAGUGCCCUGAUUGUGUUGGGGAUUGCAGACUUUCACUAGCAGAACGGACGUUCAAGUACUGCCGGCCAGCGGUCAGAAAUGACCACUUUGACGACCAGCAUCUGGUAGAACGAGAGCGUACUGUACAACGUGGCAAUCUCAUUCGGUGCAACCAUCCUCAAUGCCAGGAUGACCCGAAUUUCGCGACACUAGAUGCGUUCAGACGGCAUGU